UUUUGAUACUCGACGUGACUAGUUACACAUGGAUAGACAAUUUUUUUGAGUAGACCAAAAUAUUUAUGCCUAAUCAGUAAUCAACACGCCAUCCAUCUAUGUAAAAAUCUGUUGGACAAUUCUUCCCGCCAAAGUUCGUUUAGAUUCAUGUAAAUCCCAAUUACAGUUAACAGUUUCAAUUAUCCUUCAUAUUUUCUCUGUGUGUUUUUAAACAAGAAAUCAAAUGUUAUACCAUUAACCAUGGCUUGCCACUUAUCCUUCUCUAUUACAUCCUUAAAUGUUUGUUCCAAUGUCAGUUCUCAAAAACCUUCUUUCUUUCACAAAAAAAUCAAUUCUUUGAUCACCAAAACUAGCUCCCAACAACCCCUUUACACCAAAAUCAUAUCUUUAUGUUCUUCUACAAUACCCUCUAAGAACAUAAGCUAUAUCCACUCUCUUUUCACUCAAAUACAUGACCCAGAUAUCAAUCUUUAUAACUCCCUAGUUAGAUGUGUUUUAGCCUCUAAAUGUAAGGAAAAUGCUUUACUUGCUUUUUUAAUGUAUGUUGAAAUGAUGUGUAAAGGCUUAGAUUUGGAUAAAUACACGUACCCUCUUGUUCUUAAGGCAUGUGUACAAUUACGUGACCUGAGAUACGGUACGUUUGUUCAUGCCCAUGUGAUAAAAAAUGGGUUUGCGUUGGAUUUGUAUGUAGUGAACAAUUUAAUGCGUUUGUAUGGUGUUUGCGGGUGUGUUGGGAGUGUUUGCAAGGUGUUUGAUAGAAGUCCUGUGAGAGACUUGGUAUCUUGGACUAUUUUGAUUCAGGGGUAUGUAGACAACGGUUAUUUGAAGGAAGGAGUGGAUUUGUUUUUUGAAAUGAUAGAAGACGGGUUAAAUGCUGACGAAAGGAUGAUGGUUGUUGUGAUAUCUGCUUGUGCUAAAUUAGGGGAUUUGAGAUUGGGCAAGAUGUUGCAUGAAUACGUAAAGAGUCAUAAGUUGAAUUUUGAUGUGUUUCUUGGGAACGCAUUGGUGGAUAUGUACUUAAAAUGUGGUGAAUGUGACGUUGCUUUUGAUGUUUUUAGAGAGAUGCCAACGAGAAAUGUGGUAUCGUGGAAUACGUUAAUAUCUAGAUUGGCUCAAAGAAGGGAAUUUAAACAGGCCAUGAACGUGUUUAACGAAAUGCAGGAUCAAGGAGUAAAGCCUGAUGAUAAUACUUUAGUUGGUGUUCUCAACUGUUGUAGCAAUUUAGGGGCACUAGAAGUUGGGAAAUGGGUUCACACAUAUAUAGAUAGAAAUAGGAUAAAAGUAGCGGGGUUUGUGGGCAAUGCUCUUGUAGAUAUGUAUGCAAAGUGUGGAAGCAUGGACGAUGCCCUUAGAGUUUUUGGAAGUAUGAGUACUAAAGAUGUUUAUUCAUACACAUCCGUGAUACUUGGAUUGGCCACAAAUGGGAAGGCACGAAUGGCACUUAAUUACUUCUAUAAGAUGCUUGAAAUUGGCAUAAAACCAAAUGAGGUCACAUUUGUUGGUGUUCUCACAGCUUGUAGUCAUGGAGGACUAAUGGAAGAGGGCAACAAGCUUUUUGCAGAUAUGUGGAGAGUGAACAAAUUAAAACCUCAAAUAGAGCACUAUGGCUGUAUGGUUGAUCUGUUAGGUCGUGCAGGGUUGAUAGAUGAAGCAAUGGAGUUUGUGGAAAACAUGCCAAUUGAACCUGAUGCUUCUAUUUGGGGAUCGAUAUUAGCAGCAUGCAGGAUCCAAGGAAAAGUUGAACUCGCUGAGCAUGUGACUGAAAAACUUGUUGAUAUAGAGUCUGAAAAAGAUGGUACAUACAUACUGAUGUCAAACACAUAUGCUUCAGUCAGUAAAUGGAGAGAUGCUUUAAAAGUAAGAAAAGCAAUGAAGAGACAGAAAAUAAAGAAAGUUCCUGGAUGUAGCUCCAUUGAACUUGAUGGCGUUGUUUCUGAAUUUAGGAGAAGUGACAAAGCUCAUCCAAGAAGUAAAGACAUAUAUGCGAUGGUUGAGCAAUUGACAUUUCAUCUAAUUGGUACAGAGGCCUUAUCAGACGGAAGUGAGUCUUGCAUAGUUUGAAUGGUGCAAAGAAGAAUUAUUCCCUUAAUUGAAUGGUUAGUUAGAAAAGGCACUGUAUUCACUGUUCUUUUAUACAUUGCUACUCUAUUUCACUCAGCUUGCCGCUCUUAUACCUGAACGAAGACCCCCGUAAGUGCUCUGUGCAAUGAAAUAGGCAGCCUUAUUUGAAAAUGAAUUUUGUCAGGCUGAUCUCAGGCUUCACUUCUUGACUUAAAUGGCGUGAAUUAGUUGGAAUCUCUGCCAGUUGAAAUUUUUUAGGACGAUUCCUUUGUACAUUUUGUAACAAACUUUCGAGAAUAACAGAGUAUUAUUACACAUAGAUUGUUCGCAAUUCCUUACAAGAAACUUUUGUGACAUCAUCUGUGUGAUUAUUGUUGGGAUACUUGCACUUCGCUUACCAAACAUUACAAAUAUAAGUAAAUAUGUACAGCUUG